AUGUCUUCGGCAUACACGCUCACCAAACUUUCGACUGAACAGCAAGCUAACCGCAUCAACGUAGCCGACCUCGCCGCUGGGGCCGUGAAAACACGCGACAAGGCCCUGGACGACCUGAACCAGCUUCUGAGUCGCAACAACGGCGCCGUUGAUCUGUCAGAACUGGGGGACAAGGCCUACCAUGACAUCUUUGAAGCUCUUUUUAAGACAGUUCUUGAACAAAAACCGAAAUAUUUUGACAAAAAGACUUCAAAACCCGCGGAGCUUCGCCUAAACAAAUGCGCGAGAGCUGUACGAGCCGCAGCCAGCCGGGGCGCUUCCAAACUUAAACUAAAGACGCUUUCCGCUGUCAUCGAUCACAUCACGCAAGUAUUGCCGGGGCCGAGCGAUGGCUUUGUGCGCCCACUGCUCAAUGACUACGUCAAGGCCCUCACAGAACUGCUGUCCCGUGCUGCCAACGUGGAGUACUUCUCACGCAACGGCGGCCAGUUAUGGCAGAUAUGUGCGGAUUUCUUCCUCGAGGUCAUUUCCAACCGCAUUCCACAAAAUGGUUCCAUAGAUUUGGGUCUGAUCGGGCGCAAUUCACCUGCUCCCAGCACACCCCGCUCUACGUUGCGAUCCAAUUCGGGCUCUCUCUUGAGUCAGAAGCCACCAGAAAUUGCUGAUGGUGAACCAGCCAGGGAUGCCCUGGAGGGCCUACUUUGCCUCGUGGCUGCGCCGAAUGCCCACAUCUUGAGUCGGUCUCAAGAUAUGGCUAAUGCGGCUCUGAGAGUAUUGCGUCUUCACAAUCUAAGCCUCGGCUCCCUGCAGACAAUGAGUUUCGCCAUCAUUAACGUCGUAUUAUCGGCAACACAGUUAGAUAAUCCAACCUACACCGGUAGUCUUGUCCAAGAUCUUUUGCCUCUGAUGGCUCACUGGUGGAGAGCAGAUAGGGUAUCACAAGACGAUACCAUCAAGUCCCUGCGGAACGAGAUUCUUAGAACGAUACUGCUCUCGCAAUUGCACAUUGAAAAGUUGGCCGUCAACAAAUGGAAUGACGGCGUGAGGGAGGACAUUGUCUACUUACUGGAGCCUUUAUGGCAGGAAUAUUCGAAACGAAGCCCAGGCAACCAGCUAAAACUCGGCGACAUCACAUUCGCGACAGACACCCUCCCGAAAGAUUAUCUACAAAUUGGAAUCUUUGGACUGAAUCCAUUGAAUACGGAAGCCGAGAGCCAAUGGGGCAUCAUUCAGUGCAUAGCCUCCCUGGAGGCAAUAUUAGGACGACCAAAGCCGCAGGCCAUAUCAUCUCAGAGAACUGAGCAACCACGGAAAAGACGUCGAGUUGACCAAUCAAAUAGCCGGCUUCUAGCUCGACUCAAAGAUCGACGGAGAGAAAUUGUACAGACAGCUCUUCAGGCCAUCCCUUUUAUCUUGACAACUGGUGCGCUCAACGCCGACGAGGUUCAGGAUUUGCUCCUAGAACUGGUCAGCUUAACAACGCACAAGGAUACCUCUAUUGCAUCCUGGGCGCUAAUUGCAUGUUCGAGCUGCCUCCAGCUUUCAAACGCAACAGCCAAGAUGAUUGACGACUGGAAGCAGCUUUGGCAAGUUGCAACAAGAGCUAUUAGCUUGCAAAGUACAUGUCGCGCCGCAUGUCUUCUCAUCCAUAGUCUACUGGAAACUGAAGUUCUGCCGCACCAUUCUCUAUCAGGCGACAUAAAUAGCAUUACAACAACGGCCGAUGUCAAUGGACCUGCUGUACUGUGUGAUACAUCUAUUGCGCUCAUGAAUCAUCUUCUCUACGUGAGGAAUACGAUUCUGCCAAGCGCCAGCCAAGCAACAUCCAACCACAUUAUACGAUGGGCCUUGCGGCUUUGGAAUCCGGCAGACUCUUCCGCAUCUUCACCACAAAGCCAGUCGCUGCGGCCGAUCAAUCUCGUCAAUAUCCUGCGAUCAUGCUGCGGUAUGAAGCCAGUCAUCGGUAACAAGCAAGAUUCUGUUAUUGGUGGCGGAUUCUGUGAGACUUGGAAGCUGCAAAACGAUAUUGGCCAGUUUAACGAGUAUCUCCUCCUGCUUGAUCACGAAUCAGAGGUAUUCUGUCGUGUUACCUGUGGCUAUCACCCUUCAAUCGAGACAACCGGAACCCCGUCCGACUCCAACACACACUUCCCAUCCAAGAAGCUUUUACUGGAGCUCCUGUUUCCCAAAUUUGAAGAGCUCAGCGCGCUUUGCACGUCCUGGUCCAAGAAGCCGAAUGAGGGCGGUAGUCAAAUAUCUCAGGGAAAAUUCGAAAGUCUCCUUUCUGCUUGCAUUGUCGGUGCAAUGCUACUUCCUGAAAUCUCCUACCUGAACUCGAGUCAAUCUGCUCUGAUAGAGGGUCUGAUUAUGAGCAACGCCGAGCGAGGGAUCACACACGCACUCGCCUCCGUGGAUGCAAACUCGUUUAUUCAGCAGCUCCUUCGGAAUAUUGAACCAUGUAUCCCAGAUCUAACAAGCGCAGGAAUGGAUAGGCUACAUGGUGAAAACGAGGCUCUUCUCCGACUGCUUACUCUUGCAUUUGAUAUGCUGAGUAAGCAUGAUAUGCCAAAGGAUCCGACCGGAAGUUAUGAUAUGAUGGAGCUAGAUGACGAAUUCGAAUCUCAGAGCAGCCGUGCUAUGAACUUGACUACAUCAAUAUCGCUUCCUCGUUUCAUUCACCAAGUUUGCCUGAGUCCGGUAUGCUUUUACAUAGAUACUCGCUGUCGACUUUGUUUUGUUGUCUCCUCACAGCGCGAAGAGAGUCAAGUUGGCCUUGUGUCGAGUGCCUUUAUUGACGAGGUGGUCAGGAUGUCGGAUGAAGAAUUGUUGUCGUGCUACUCGCUUUUGACCGAGCUGUUCAGCUCUGAUCUUGUCGUCGACUCCGACGGAGCAUUGGCAAUUCUACAGAGACUGGGGCAACUAGUUGGCAGCAGUGAUUUCCGAUGCUGCGAAGUGGCCCUUACCACCUGCGUCGAGGUCAUGCAUGGGCUGUGUAGCAUGUGGCUCAACGACAGCGGCGAACUGUCGAACAGCGUUGGUGACUUGUACCACUACUUCACUCAAACUUGCCUCGAAGCAAAAUCCUUUUCGCCACGAAGCCUGAAAGCGCUGUCUGCGUUUCUCUUUACCUUACUGAGACUUCAGCCCCGCUAUGGUACAAGCUUGAAACUAGACUCUUGCCGAACAUCGCUGCUAUUCAUUCUCCGAGAAGGCACCAUGGACGUCAAAUACUUUGUCGCGGAAAGAAUUGCAGAAUUGUUUGAGCUGUAUAUUCUUAUGCUACAUGAUGAGGUAUUUGUCGAUGUUCUUGCAAGCCUGCCGACGGAUCCAGAGAGUGAGGCUGGGAUAGCGUGCCGACUACUAGUGCUCUCUAACCUGGCACAGAGGUGGCCAACUCUUUUACGGCGCUGUACAUAUCAUAUCUUCGAAACUCCCGGUAAAAUCUCGUCCGUUUCGGAACACGCUCGUCGCUGCAUCGCGGAUAUUUCUCGUUCACUCAAUCUGGAGUCACCAAAAGAGCUCUUUGGGCUAUUUACUCGCCAACUGCUAUACACUUGGAUGGAGAACGAUUCUGUAGAUGACAUUCCCUUUGCAAUCUUUGGGUUUGACUCUCUAGGUGAACUCUUGACAAGCUCCCAAUCAGACGCCAUUGGGCUAUCCACCAUGAGAGGCCAGAGCAGCGUGCGAAGCGACAUUGCAAGACACAUUGGCAGGACCGAGGCUGAGCUGCUCCAAACCAACUUUGCCGCAAGCAUUAGCUACAGCACCGUCUACACCGCUGCCUUUGAGCCGUCGAGCAAAGACAACGGCGAGGCUAAAAUAAAAAAGAAGAUGGGAACAAGCACUUUCAUGGAAAGUAUUUAUACCAACUUCGUCGACAUUGUCGCCUUCUUCUUCGACAUUAUUGAUCAAGAAGAUGCCGUAGAGAAGGUCUUUGCGAGAAGCGAAGAACUGGUGUAUGCUGCAAAGACUUACAAGGAUAUUACCAGAAUAGCACAUUCGGACACAAAACUCCCUCCAAAUCAGCAGCCGAUGUUCCGGGCAAAGUAUGUCAUUCAUGAGCUGGCACGUUUAUGCCAAGGGACCGAGUUCCUCUUCAAAGAACUCUGGACUUCUGCCCUGGUUGUAUCCAUCGCUAGAAAGCUUUUCAACACUGUGCACCCAGCAUUGGGAUCUUUGCAUGCUUGCUCUGUUUUGCGAAAAGUGCGAGUCUUGAUCUGCUUGGCCGGACCGGUUGCACUAGAGUCAUACUGCUUGGAAAUGUUGCUAAACUCUGUGCGAACUUUUAUCACGGACUCGGAGUGUGCAGAUGAUGCGCUGGGAAUCAGUCAAUAUCUGCUGGAGAAGGGAACCCCCUACCUUGAGCAAACGCCUUCUUUUUUGGCAGGCUAUGCUUUGUCGGCGUUGGCUUCGCUUCGAGUUUUCUUGGAAUCCAGCCAGUCCAGCACUACCCAGGAAAGCCAAUUCAAAGCCACAAUGAGCAAAGCCAAAAGGUUUCAUGAGUGGUUGUCGGCCUACUUGGAUGGCUACACAUCACUGGCGUUCAAAAACGAAUCGCAGAAGUUGUCGUUUAAAUCCAUCACCAAUUCGGCUGCCCGCAUACGGUCAUCAGGCAACGCUGAGCAAAGCACCUUUGAGAGUAAGCUACUGCUUGACAUUUUGCGGGAUGGCAACGCAGAGCAUGAGUUGCUAAACGAUCCAUCCCGAGAGCUGGCAAUGGGGCUUUUGUGUGGCGACUUUACCAUACCUGAUCAGGCAAGUAAUGAUGUACUCGGUACAGACGCUGAUGCCAUUCUGCAUGCCAGUGCAGUGUGGAAGAGCUGCAAUACGAAAGAGUUGAGUGCAAACUACCUGGCUUGGGCAGGACGAGUGGUGGGUAAAGCGUUUGCUGCAUCCGGAGACAUACCAGAGGGUAUUGUCGCGGAGUCAGACGUGGCAACCUUACGCAAAGUUGCAUCUGGGCCGAAUGGCUCGGAGAUGGGUUUGUUGAGCCUGCUUCAGAGUUUGACUAGCAACAGCGACACCCUGACAGCUGGCCUGGCCGAAUCCGUUCUGAGAGCUGCCAUAUCCGCCGCGGUGCAACAAGAGGAUGAGCCGCUUCUCAUUGCAUGUCAGCGAACCUUGGCAGAGCCUUUGUAUCAUACGUCGCAAUGGUGCCUCUACCAUUCUCCACCCUCUGAGAAUGUCCAGUCCAAGCCAAGUCAGGACUCGCAGUCAAUUUGGGACAGCGAUGUCACCUCUGAGAAGUGGCUAUCCGAUCUCAGCAUAUUGAUGGCGAACUCUGUUCCGGACUCGAUCCUGCUAUCCGUUCUAUCCCCUGUUUUGGCAAAGGUCAAAGGAUUCGCAGAAAAGGCAUUUCCCUUUAUUGUCCAUUUGGUCCUACUGUUUCAGCUAGAGCAGCAGCAAGUAAUGAAGCGCUCCAUUUCGGCAGCUCUCAGAACUUGGCUCCAACCAGGUGUUGACUCUGCGCGACCUAGAAUCGCACUGUUGAUCAAUACGCUCCUGUAUCUCCGCACGCAGCAGUACCCAAAAGAAGGUUCCAUCAAUGAUCGACUUCAUUGGUUGGAUGUCGACUAUUCAAUGGCAGCGACCGCCGCAACACAGUGUGGCAUGUAUAAAACGGCACUCUUAUUUGCGGAGCUGGCGUCUAUCGAGACUGGUCGACAAUCCAGACGAGCAUCUGCCGCCCGCGAGAGCGACCUUAGCGCAACGCUUCUCUCCAUAUUCGAAAACAUUGACGACCCAGACGCCUACUACGGUCUAGCGGAAGAGGCUACUCUAUCGAAUGUGCUCUCCCGUAUCACAUUCGAGAAUGAUGGAAUGAAGAGUGUCGCAUUUCUGGGUGCGCAGUUUGACAAUGACAUUCGGCUGCAGAACGGCUCUAGCACAGUCGAUGUGCAGGCUCUUGUGAGCGCCUUGAGCUCACUUGGGCAGUCUGGGCUGUCUUAUUCUCUUCAGCAAAUGUACCAAGCGGUCGAUACCUCAUCUGCAUCCACGGAAAAUACAUUCAAAGCUGCGCAAAGGUUGGAAAUGUGGAAUCUGCCGGCACCCAAAGACAGCGACAGCUUUGCGGUGACAACGUACAAGGCUUAUCAAGCUAUACACAACGCGACAGAGAUGGCAUCUGUUAGAAGCGUCGUGCAUGAAGGAUUUGCCAAAACGAUUCGUAGUGCCAUGGGAAAUAACAGGCCUACCAGAUCUAUACUGAGAAAUAAGCUCGGCACUCUUGCUGCUUUGAGCGAAUUAGACGACCUGAUGAAUGUUUCCCGCGGCGAAGAUUUGAGCAAUGUACUUGGCGCCUUUCAAUCACGCGGCGACUGGAUGAAGCGUGGACGAUAUGAUGAUGUGAGCAACAUCUUGUCCUGCAGAAGUACAACAAUGAGUAUGCUGAGCCAGCACUCCAACAUUCUGCAGGAAGCCAGCCUAUCAACUUCUGUGAUGCGGAAAGCAGAGGUAGAAUCGCUUUUGUUAUCCUCUGGGCUUUAUAGAUUCCACGAAGCGACGCAAGAAUCCCUCAACAUCGCCACGUCGCUCUCCAAUCUCAUCCCUACUUGCCGAGAUCUGGAUUUACAUGUUGAUGCAUCCGUCAAUAUCGAGGUGGCCAACUCGCUAUGGGACCAAGGAGAAAUGAGCACUGCUAUCCAGAUGCUGCAAGCCAUCGAUGCGGAUUCGGCUUUGAGCAGACAGGCAAUUCCAGUUACCAAAGCAGACUUACUUGCCAAGAUAGGCGACAGAUUGUCCAUCGCUCGGCGGGAGAAGCCCCGCGAUAUCCAAAAGAAGUAUCUGGAGCCAGCUCUAAAGGAGAUCGGCAGCACAAACUACGGCACAGAAGCUGGGUUGGUGUUUCAUCAAUUUGCACUGUUUUGUGACGGACAACUUCAAGACGCCGAUGGGCUUGAGGAUCUAGAGAGGCUUCAAAGUUUGCGCAAAGCAAAGAGCGACGAGGUUUCAGAGUUGAAAGAAUUGAUUGCCUCUACAAAAGAGAGCCAGUUGCGCAAACGAUACGACUAUGUUCUUUCCAAGGAGAAGCAGUGGCUGGAACUAGACGAACAAGAACUGCGCCGUGUCGAGCAGACAAGAAGCGAAUUCGUUCGACUAAGUGUGGAAAAUUAUUUGCUCUCCCUUAUUGCUUCCGAUGCCCAUAACAAUGACGCGCUGAGAUUCACAGCAUUGUGGCUAGAGAGGUCAGGAGAAGAAGGAACGAAUAAGGCGGUAUCUCGCUACCUUUCCAAGGUUCCGACGCGCAAGUUUGCGAGUCUGAUGAACCAACUAACAUCGCGGCUGCAAUAUACGGAUAGUGCUUUCCAAAAGCUACUCCUCGAGUUGGUCUACAAUAUUUGUGUCGAUCACCCAUACCACGGCAUGUACCAAAUUUGGUCUGGCACAAAGGUCAGAGUGCAGUCCAAGGAUGAAGUGGCCGUCCAACGAGUCAAGGCUGCAGAAAAGGUCGCGCAAAGACUGGCCACAACGAAGCCUGUUGCCAGCAUCUGGUUGUCCAUUGAAAAGACAAGCAAGUAUUACCACGGCUUGGCAGUGGACAGAGAUGCCAAUAAAUACAAGGCGGGCGCCAAAUUCACCCUGAAGGAGACGCAAGCUGGGCUGAACUUGGUUAUUGGACUGAAUAAGUACCAGAUUCCUCCGCCGACUAUGCAUGUCGAAAUCCAAUCCAACAAGGACUAUUCGACGGUGCCAACAAUUGCCAAGCUGGAGCCGACGAUGACGAUUGCGGGAGGUGUGAGCGCACCUAAAAUCAUCACUGCUAUUGGCACGGAUGGCAAAAAGUACAAGCAGCUCGUUAAAGGUGGUCAUGAUGAUCUCCGCCAAGACGCCAUCAUGGAGCAGGUAUUCGCUGCCGUGUCCUCCCUGCUCAAGCAUCAUCGUUCUGCGCAGCAACGGAACCUCGGCAUCCGGACGUACAAGGUCUUGCCACUGACAGCUACCUCUGGUCUCAUUGAGUUUGUGCCCAACACGAUACCCCUGCACGAAUUCCUGAUGCCGGCGCACGAGAGGUAUUAUCCAAAGGAUUUGAAAGGCUCACAAUGUCGCAAGGAGAUUUUCAGCGUUCAAAACAGGAACAUUGAUACCCGCAUCAGCACAUACCGAAAGGUGACGGAUCGCUUCCACCCUGUGAUGAAGUACUUUUUUAUGGAGUAUUUUGAGGAUCCAGACGAAUGGUAUGCGAAGCGCCUGGCCUACACUAGAACGACGGCAGCUAUUUCUAUGCUUGGCCACGUCCUCGGCCUCGGCGAUCGCCACGGCCACAACAUAUUACUAGACACAAAGACGGGAGAGGUCGUGCAUAUCGACUUGGGUGUGGCGUUUGAAGCAGGGCGCAUCUUGCCCGUGCCCGAAUUGGUCCCGUUCCGCCUGACGAGAGACAUCAUUGACGGCAUGGGCAUCAGCAAGACGGAGGGCGUCUUUCGGCGCUGCUGCGAGUUCACCUUGGAUGCGCUGCGCGAGGAGCAGUAUUCCAUCAUGACGAUCCUCGACGUGUUGCGCUAUGAUCCGUUGUAUACCUGGUCCAUCUCGCCACUGCGGCUGGCGAAGCUGCAAAAGGCGAGAGACCAGGACGAAAACGUACCGCCGGGAGAGGACGCGGACGGGGUUCAUCAGGCCGAUAAGCUUGAUAAACAGGAUAAGAAGAACCGCAAGGUUGGCAAGAAGAACGUAAAUGAGCCGUCAGAGGCUGACCGUGCCCUGGAGGUUGUUAGGAAGAAGCUCUCCAAGGCACUCAGCACGACAGCCACAGUGAACGAUCUGAUCAACCAGGCUACCGACGAGAGAAAUCUAGCAGUGCUGUACUCGGGGUGGGCAGCAUAUGCUUAG